GCUGUCAUUAUGUGUUGUUUAUCAUUUUAAGGCAUCAGAAUGUUGUUGAACGACUAUUAAUGUCCUCGAAGACACGAUGAAGCUUCUCAGGAAUUAUUGGGUAGUUGCCUGUCUAUUUCUUGUCGUUUCCACAAAUUGUUCAGUAGCAACGCUGUAUACAAUCAUUGUGCGUACUGGAACGAGCGACAAUCCUAACAGCCUGUUUAGUAUGGAUGGCCCUGGGACUGAUUGUAAUGUGAAAGUAAAGAUCCACGGAAAAUCAAAGAAGACUGGACUUGAUGAUUCGACGGAUGCUAUAAAACUCAAGAAUAGCGAGCAUUUCAAUAAAUUCGAGAAAGGACAAACAGAUACGUUUGUCGACCUCAAAGAUGAUGAAGAUAUAGGAAACAUUAAUAAAGUUGAAGUGAAGAUUUACAACUUUUGUUCCGUUGGCCCACAUUGGCUCUUAGAUAAGAUCACUGUCAUUACGGAGAAUCGAGAAAGUUUUGCUUUUAAGGCCAACGUUUGGUUGACGAAAAAAGACGUUUUCUAUCCCAUCAUGACUCUAUUAGUCAGGUAUUUGGUGACAGUGAAAACAGGCAGCUUUAAGGAUGCUGGAACCUUAUCAAGAGUAUUCAUUAAGAUAUUUGGAUAUUCACGAUCAAACUUACAAUUGCUGUCCACUUCUCUGUUAUGGCUAACGGGUUCUGUUCCUGGAGAUGGAUUUGCCAAAUCAUCGUUAGAUUUCAUAGUUAUUGUUUAGCUAAGUGAAGGCUGCUCUUAGUGGUUUUUUUUGCAUAUUGUACCCAAUACAUAUAAUUCAACAUUUAACAUCUCCUGCUGCUGACCAAAAACAAUUCUAAAUUAACCCAUUUGUAUUUUUAUACAUAACAGCGAUGAGAUUACAUAACAUUACUUCAUGCCGGAUUCUUUCCAUAAUACGUUUUCUGCUAGGAACUGCCCUUAUUUUAAAAAUAUUUAUGGGCCUUAUUCUCCACUUCGAACACUCUUGUUUUGAAAUGCCAGAAUUAAUCUACUAUACUUUAUUCUCACUUUCAAUUAUAUGCAUGAAAACUUAGUGGAUUUAAUGCAGUAAAACUUAUAUAUAAAACAUAAUUUGCGUUGUUGAUAGAAACUCGUUGUUUGUUCGCUUAUCAAUUUUUUAGAUCUUUGAGAUUCAUAGUAGAAGAUGUCAACGAUCUCAUAAACUUGACCAAGAUCGAAAUUGUGAGGGAUGAUAAAGGAAGUCAUUGGUAUUUAGAAAAAGUAUCAAUAAAGUCUUGUUCUAUUUGAUCUCAGAUCUUCUCCAGUAUUAGUCAUGCUAUUAUGUUAAAUUUAAUAUUCAAUAGAUCGAGGUUUAGUGCUUUUAAAAGAUGCGAUAUAAUGUCGAGAAUUAUAUUUUCUUUUGUCUUUAACAAUUAAAUCAAAAUUACUGCUCAAUGGAAUCUUGCUUUCUAACAAUAUUCUAUUUACAUGUUUAUUAAAUUAUUAGAUCAUUAUAACAACAAAAGAAGGAACAGCAGUAUUUCCAGCACACGCGUGGAUCAAUAGACCAAAUCAAUACUUUGUAUUCAAAGUUUUAAAAGAAGCUCCCAUGACCUCUUCAUCAUCACUGCAAGCCUCUUUACUCGUUUCCAUGACACUGCGAACCCCUUCCUUACUCUCCACAACACCGUUCAACUCUGCAUUAGUUUCCUCAACAAUUCUAGUAACUUCACUUACCCCCACAUUACCUUCCACUGUAUCGCAAACCUUUUCCCCACUGCUAAUCUCCUCAACCUUUUUAAUACCUACGAUUCUUUCUCCAAAAGUUCUUGGCUCACUCUCCUUAACAACAUCAACUCCUUGCACGUUGAUUCCCUCAUCACAGUGUUCAACAUCGCAAUCACCGAUUCCAUCAACAAUGGUCGUGUCAGAUUUUCCCAUCAUAUAAUCAUAUACACCUACUCGCUUUCGGAGCCUGGUGCAGAGACAAGUAUGUACAUAACUUUAAUCGGCCUAUCGGCGACAAGUCCUGAAAUUCAUCUCAAAAGUCCUUGGGUUCCAGAAUGGACACAGCCCACCCGAUCAAAAAUCUUCCAAAUUCAACAAAACGAUUUUGGUCCAAUAAUUAAGAUACGACUUCGACAAGUCGUUGCUGCAAGAUCCCCAGACGUGACAAUUGAAAAGGUUUUAAUUGUUUCUCAAGAGAAUACUGUGUAUGAGUUUUUGGUGUCAUCUUUGCUUAAAAGCUCAGAUCCUGUGGAGAAACCGUUAGUUGACUCUUAUCCUGCUACGUCCUUGAAGUUUAUAGCGUAUCCACCUUGUGCUCAGUCAAGGCAAUCCCUGAUGCAUCCAGAGCCUAAGUCACCUGUACUUCUUUUGCAGUCGUGUAACAAAAUACCACAGUUGUUUAAGCUUCAUCCUGAUGGAGUUAUUCAACAUCUUGCGAGUGGCAUGUGCAUUCAAAGCAGUAGAACUGAUGAUCCAAUGAAAAUAGCAGAGGGUGAAAGCUUGGUAUUGAAUUACCCGUGUACACUGUACCGAUCAGAAUACAACACACUACAUGCUUUACAGUUUAAAUUGACAACAAAAGGAUCUCUUAUGGAAAUAAGAAGUGGAAAGUGUAUUUACACACGCGAUGGAGUAGAGAAUCUGCCUCUUACAUUUACUGAGAUAUGCGAUACUCGCAACACGCAAAUUGCUUUUGUUGACAAAAGAAACAAUGUUAUAGUACCAAAAAUUCCCAGUGAAAUGCAAUCUAAGUCAUCUGUUUCUCUUUCGUCGCCUUCGCAACACAUUGAAUAUCCCUCUGGAGGAGUAAAUAAAUUACCAACUGCUGAUCCAAUAGCUCAAGUUUUAAGCAUCCCUCAACAACAAAAUUUUGGCUUGGUUUCAACGUUGCCAUCCAUAUACUGUCCAUCAAGUUGUUCGACACCGUGCAUGCCAUCGUGUGAGCCAAUGUGUUGCAGAGUUGGCCUACAACAGCCUGGUAACAUGCUCCCAACUUACCCAAACAUAAUUCGUUGUGCAUCUAACUGUUCACCAGAACAUUGUCCGUCAUCAUGCCCAGUAGGGUGUUGUUUUCCAAAUCUUAUGUCUUGAGGAAACAUGAACUGUCAUAGGCAUAGUGUAAAAUGAUAACAAUCAUUAUUUUCAUCGAUCAUUUUGAAGUGGUUUAGCAUGAAAAAUAGAUUUUAUUUUGGAUCCAGUGUUAUCACGGCGGAAAGCAAAGGACUUCAUGAAAACGAAACGGCAGUCAUUAUACUGUUUCUACUGAAGUCAUUAUAUUGUGUUCUAAAUUCGUCAGCAUAUAGGAAUGCAAGUUUAUUGUCCAUUUUCUCAACCUCUUAAAUGUUUAGGUUGGUAAUGUGCAAAGUGCAAACACCAUUGCUAAGAUUAUAUCAGAAAUAUUCCUCUCAAAAACGAUCAAUCUUAUCAAAUUCGACAAUAUACGAAGGGUUUGAACUACAUUUCAUAACAGACCGGCUUAGAGAAAUCAAAAUUUUCUCUACAAUUUAGGAAAAGAGAAACAUUUUAAUAAUUGCGAGUGUUGGAAAUGAAAACAUACCUAUGUUUCAGUCAAAAUUAAAUUUUCAGAUUAAAAAAUUUUAUAUAUUUUCGCACUUUUUUUAUGUGUUGUUGCUAACUUGAGGAUUUUCAGUCUCUCAGUAAACGUCUCUGUGAUGACAAAAUAUCUCAAAGCAAACAUGUUAUUUGUUCAAGCGCCGUCCUUCAACGAGCACUGCACAUCGACCACUGACAUCUAAAUUGUUGAUAAUUCCAAUACAAAACAAUCACAAAACUUAAAUCAACAUUGUAAACUUGUUUUCUGAUAAAAACAUAGUAAAAACUUCCCGACCUCAA